AUGAGCGCCCAGGAGUACUACCAGAACUCGGCGCCGCCGCCACCGCAGAGUGCAUACCAGCCGAACCAGUAUGCGUUCAACGCGCCGACCGGCGCACAGGGCGACUACGGCAUGAAGUCCUCGCAGCCGUACGCGAGCGCUGGCUCGUAUCCGCCACCCGCCGGCCCGCCGCAGGGCAUGCAGGCCCAGCCAUACCAGGUCGACGCUGAGAACGGGGGCAACAAGUAUGGGGACACGGCGCCGUUCUCACAGGCGACGGAGAAGACGGGCGCGCGGUUCCGACCCAAGUCGCGGCUGCGCGACCCCAUAUUCCUCUUCCUAUUCAUCGCGGCCAUGGGCGGCUGGGUCGCGCUGUCGGUUAUUACGCUGCGCACAUUUGUGUCGCUCGACGGCCUCGGCGGCGGGCUCGGCAAUCAGCGCCAGGGCCAGACGGGCACGGCCAUUACGCUCGACCGCCACACCGCGUAUCUUCUCCUUACCGUGUGCGGUCUCGCGCUUGUGAUCGCCGCCGUGUGGCUCGGCCUCGUGCGGAUGUUUACCAAGAUCAUCAUGGAGAUUACACUCGCGCUCACUGUUUUGCUCAAUAUCGCCAUCUGCAUCUACUACUUCUACAUCAAGUACUGGUCCGGAGCGAUCAUCUUCCUCGUCAUCGCGCUCAUCUCGGUCAUCUGCUAUUGGAGCAUGAGGAAGCGUAUCCCACUUGCCAAACUGCUGCUGCAGACGACGAUCGACAUCACCAAGCACCACCCGUCGGUGUACGUGGUUGUGUUCCUCGGCCUGCUCGUGCAGGCGGCACUGAGCGUAUGGUUCUCGUUCACCGCCAUCGCAAUCUACGUGAAGUGGACACCAGGAAGCGAAUCGUGCGCAACGACGUCGUGCUCGAGCGGCAAGGUCGCCGGCCUUAUCUUCUACGCCAUCUUCGCGUUCUACUGGGCGUCCCAGGUCGUCUCCAACGUUAUCCUCUGCACGCUCGCAGGCGGUGUUUUCGGCGGGUGGUACUACUACGGCCCGCGGAUGAACGACGGCUCGGGUUUGCCGAAGAAUGCCACGGGCAAGGCGUUCGUGCGCGCAUCGACGCUCUCACUCGGCUCGAUCGCAUUUGGCUCGCUGAUUGUCACCAUCCUCGAGAUCCUUCAGACCCUCUUCCAGGCCUUGCAGAACUACAACGCUCAGCAGGGUGACACGGUUGGCAUGAUCCUUGCAUGCUGCGCGACGUGCUGUGUCUCCUUCAUCCGCUGGAUCGUCGAGUGGUUCAACAAAUACGCCUACAUCGAGAUCGCGCUGUACGGCAAGGCUUACAUCGAGGCGGCCAAGGACACUUGGCGUUUGAUGAAGGACCGCGGCAUCGACGCCCUCGUCAACGACUCGCUCGUCGGCACGGUCGUCCUCUGGGGAAGUUACAUCAACGGCUUCCUCUGCGGCCUCUACGGCUUCCUGUACCUCAAGUUCACCGAGCCCUCGUACAACCGCGACGGGCAGUACACAGCCCCCGUUGUGUUGUUCGCUUUCGCGAUCGGCAUCAACUUGUCCUUCACGAUUGGAAGUGUGCUCGACGCCGGCGUGUCGACCAUCUUCGUCGGCCUCGGCGAGGACCCCAUGGUGCUCGGGCAGCGCGCCCCCGCCCUCUUCGAGCUCAUUCGCCAGACCUACCCCCGCGUCGUGCAGGGUAUUCCAAACGGCCGCAAUAACCUCUACUACUAA